AUGGAAGAACCUCAGAGUCCUAAAAAAGGCUCAGUCUUCCAGAUGGCUGCUGAAAACGCAGACGUCAGAAGCACUGAUGCCCUAUCAAAGUAUCUAGCAGACUCAUAUACAACAACUCCACCUGAAUUGACUGAAUUAUUUGCAGAAAUUCCUUCCCUUUCAAAAUUAGGCAAAUUAAUUCAUAACGUAUUUUUAUCAGCUGAAAUUAAAGAUCUCACACCAGAAGUCAGCCAGUUAUGCGAAAAAGCAACUCGUUAUUUGAUAAAUGACUAUAAAACGCAAAAGGAAAGCUCAGAACAAGCAUCCAAAUCUCUGGGAAGAUCUAAGAGACUUGUGGACUACGCCGCAUUGCUCGCUCAGAAUCCAACGGAUAUUACAUUAGCUAAACUCCAGAUUAUAGAGCUCCAACGUGAAAAUCAGGAGCUCCAGCAAAAGAUGGACGAUAUUUCUAAUGAAAUUAAAGUCCAACAAGACGAAUACGAGAAGUUAUUCCAAGAAAAAAUUGAAUUAACAAAUAAACUCACUCAACAAGCCAACGAACACAAAAAGGAUAUCAGCAAAUUAAGAUUCGAAUAUUCCCAGCUUGCUGACAGCCAGCAGAACGCUAUUGACCAAUCAAAACUUGCUGAAGUACAAAUUACAGAUCUUAAGAAGCUUUUAGCUGCUGCAAACGAUGACUCAUCAUCUCACAAGCGCGAAGUCGAGGAACUUAAGGCUACAAUCGCUUCAAAGAAUCAACUUAUCAAUAAAUACAGACAACAGCUCAAAUCUAAGGAUCAACAAUUCUCAGACUUCAAAGAUCAGAAGGAGAGAGAAACCCUCGAGCUUUCUACAACCCUUAUGUCUCAAAAUAAUUUGUUGGAAGAUAAGAAUAACGCGGCCAUGAAGAAACUCGCUAGAUACAUCAAGAACCAAGCAGGACAAAUCGAAAUCCUUACGCAGGCUAAUCGUAAAGCAACAACAAUUCUCGAUAAACAAAAUUAUCUUCUCGACAAGUACGAAGACGAAUUAGUUCACUCGAGCAACGUCACUGAAGAUCUCAACAGAAAGUUAGCCGAUUUACGCGAUGAAAAUGUCAUGUUGAAGGACAGAAUCGAAACUCAAGAUCAGAAUUCCAACAAAGACAACGAAGAACUGGUCAAACUCCGCGGAAUUGUUGAAGCAGCAUGUUCAGGCCUUGCUCCUGCCUAUUCUGUCACUCCUGAUCAACUUCCUUCGAUUUGCCACGAAUUAUCUGGCACAAGAAUCGAUCCAGAGACAGCAAAGAACUUACGUGCAUUGAAUGCAAUCUGUGAUGGCCUCGGUUUGUUCAUCAUCAAUCUUUUAAGAACAGGAGAAGCAAAUCUCGAAUUUUUACGCGAAAAUCCACUGAAAUUCACCUCAACAAUGAAGUCUGACAUCAAACAUGAGAUAGAGAAGACGAGAUUGUUCCUUGGAACCCUUUCUUACAGCGAUGCAACAGAAGAUAAAGUUAUGAAGUAUCUUUUGAACCCAGAAGAGAAUUUCGACCCAGAUUUCAACUCAGACACCCAAUUAUCUGCUGUUCUGACUGAAGUUCUUAGAAGAGAAAGAGAAUUUAUGUCUAAAAUGUUCGAUAAUCUUGAACAAGUCAGAGAAGUCCUUCCUGCCUUCGACUGCAAGACCCAUGAAUUACCAGAAGCAUUAUCUACCUACCUUUUGCAGAUGAAACCGGUCUUCAAAGAUUUAUUAUCAAUAAUUAGCUCAACACUCCACUACCACGGCUCUCUUUCAGAUAUUUUCGCCUGUUUGUGCAAGUACAUCGAGGAAACAUCCCAAAUUCUCCAAGUAAUGGAUGAUGAAAUCCGACCAUUGAUCAAAUUCAACGGAAAGAUCGUUGACAUGCCACAGAAACUCAUCGAUGUGUUGGUAGAAUACAAGGAUACAUUCGAUAACCUCGAUACAGUGUCAAAGAGAGAACUUACAGAUGCAACAAUUGAUUUUGAGAAGAAGAAGUCACUUUUAAUGAGAGAAAAUGACGGUCUUAAGGACGAAAUUGGCCAUAAAGACAAAGUCAUCAACUCUCUCCAGAAACAGCUUGAGAAAUUAGCAUCAGAUCUGGAAGACUCGAAGACAUCAGAGUCAGCGUUGACAAUGAUGACUGAUGAAGCAUCCAAGAACAACAAGAUCUUGAGCUCAUCGAAGCAGACACUCGAGGACACAAUCAGCAGACUGAACCAAGAGAACCAGAGACUGGAACAACUCCUCGAAAACAAACAGAACAAUUACGAGAGAAGAUUGAAUGAACUCAUAGAAAAAGAGAGAGCAAUUCAGAAACAGACACAAGAAAGAGAGAAGAAGAGAUAUGAAGAACAGAUAAAUGUCCUUGAGAAGCAAGUGAGUGAUUUGAACACAAGGAUACAAGAAGAACAGUUGCAGCACAUGACAAACGAGAGAAAUCUCAAGAAACAAGCACAGACAUUCCAGAGAAACAUGAGAAGAUUGGAGCAGGACAAACUAGAUUUGAGUACAACUGUUGAACACCUUCAGAAUGAGCCGAUGUCGAACCAAAUCAUUGAUGAUUUAAUGCAGAAACUCAGUGACGCGAGAAUUAAGAACAAAGAACUUCUCUGCGAAAUAAACAGAUUGAGGAAUACAAAUACAAGUCCACAGGUAAGUACAAGAUCAAUUAAUUCUCCUUCUAAAACAGUUUCUCAGUCAUCAAUGUCAGUAAGUGAUGAAAGAACAUUUAUCGACAAAGUUGGAGAAGUAUUGGAUGAAUUCAUUGGAAAAGAAGUCACAUGGACUAAACAGAGAGUUCACAAGACUGUUGAAGCAAUGACUGAACACAUAAAGAACUUGGAACAGUCAUUGGAUAAGAAACAACAAAGAACUCUUUGGUCGCAAUGGGCUGAAGAAACUCUCAAAUCUCUCGAUCCGAAAUACAAAGGAGGAAUCUCUGAUAACGAGAUGAGACAGAAACUCGCGGACUACUGUGUGGCUUCGGGUAAUAGAACAAAGAUGAUUGAUAUGAUAACAACUUUGAGAGAAGAAAAAUCUCACUUGUUAUCACAAGUUAAUUCACCGCAAAAGAAGGGAACUUCACCAGCAAAAAGUGACAAGACUCCUGAGAAAAGUGAAAUUAGUACACCUAAAUCAGCGACAAAGAGCGGAGAAACAAAGACAAGAGAUGUAAAAAUAGAUACAGAAGCAACAGAAGAUACAAAUAAUGAAGGUAAACAGACAUUUAAGAGCUGGGCAUUAGUUGGUUUGUUUGUCGCUCUUUCAAGGAAGGAUAAUGGUGUUUCUAGAUUCGAAAAAACACCUGCUUCACCACCUGCUAUUAGAGGACAGUUUUCUUUGUUGAAAUAA